UUGUAUAUCCCUGAGGUCACUCCGUAGAAGGCAGAGCUAUCCGUAAAAACAGAGAUGAAAAAAGUUUGCGAAGAUUCAGAGGAAGGAAGGUAACAUCUGGUAGCUAGGUGUUUUACCCACCAAACUCGGAGCUUGAGGAAAAAUGCGAGGUCUAGAUAGAAAAUGGACAGCCAGGAAAACUUACCCAUGUCAGCACCCCUCUUUACUACGGCAUCUCAAGCCAGUGUUAAAUUAAAAAGGAUUUAUUCUCUAUUAUCAGAUUCCAUUCCCCUUCCUCUACUAAGCGCUUUCUUCCCAUUCCCCUCUACAUCCCCACCCCGCACCUGGCACUCUCAUCUUGCUGCCUUUCCUUCUCCAGUUAGGCUAGGUCAGAGGAGGUAGAACAAGUCGUCAGCCCCGCCUCUGGUGCUUCGCUCCUGCCUCCUCUUCCCUAGAAUGAGGCCAGAGAUGGGAGAACUAGGCAAGAACUUGGAUCUGGUCAGUGGGCAAGCAGCUACUUUCCUCCUGCUCUGUUCCCUUUCGCUACCCAGACAGACUAGAUUAGCGCUUCGUUCCCUCUUCAUCUCUCGUACGCUUCUAGCAUAUAGGAAGGGGGGAAAAAAAGAAAGAAAGAAAAGGUGGGGUGGUGGAUUAGAAAGGAUAGGUGGGAAGGGGCGGGGGGGAACGCCCAGCGGAGGUGGGGCAGUGGGCGUUCAGAGGAUUUCCCCAGGUUUUAGGUUCGGCUCUUCUCACCUUCUUGAAAACUCCAUCAGUGACAUGGGGGUCACUAGAUAUUCAGUCGGAAGCAUGGGACGCUUGUCUAGCUCCGGCUUCUACCUGAGCCGUAAGGUGGUAGGCUUUAUGGUGCUGUUGCUGGGUGCGCUGCUGCUGGCAGUGGGGAUUUUGGGUACCUUUUAUGUCCGUUGUAGUCAGACAUCACCGCUGUCAUCGAAGUCCGGGACAGUGACCAGAACACCAGCUAAUCGUCCGGUGGCAUACAAGCUCCAAGUCGGAGAAGAGCAAAAGGCUAGCAUCACACACUCCCCCGUGACCCGGCACAGCACCCCGCAACCUUCCUGGUCUAGGGACUACUCGCGUUCUCUCACCGGUGGGCCUCGGGACCACCAGAGACUGUCCACUUCCGCGUCCCUGGAUGACCCAAUCCUAUCCACCUCCGAGCCCCGGACCUCCUCAAGCCUGUCCACCUCCAAGCCCUGGACUCACCCGAACCUGUUCAGCUCCCGGCCCCGGGGGCUGUUCACCUCCAAACCUCGGGACCACCGGACCCAGUCUACUCCUCAGCCCCAGCCCCAGCCCCAGCCCCAGCCCCAGCCCCAGCCCACCUCUGAACCGUGGAAGCAUCCGCGCCUGCCCUCCGAUGUGGUGCCCUUGCACUACGACCUGGAGCUCUGGGUUUACCUGCGUCCCGAAAUCAUUGAGGAGUCCUCGAAAUUCUUCAGUGGGAGGCUCAAUAUCACUGUGAAAUGCGUCUCCCCGACUACUAGGGUGCUGGUCCACAGCCUCGGCCUAGACUACGAGGAUACUGCGGUGCUGGGUCCCUUGUCAGAGGGUCCCGGGGCGCACAAGAAGCAGCGGCCAGUGGACCGGAUGGCCGUAAAUAACACGUGGAUGUACCCGGAGAUGGAGUACCUGGUGAUAGAGCUGAGAGAAACCCUCAAGUCUGGCCAUCAUUACAUGCUGCAAUUUGACUUCUCUGGCUCAGUGAACCAGAACCACAAGAACGGGCUUUUUCGCACCUUGUAUUCCGAUCAGAAAAACACCAAGGCUGUGAUUGCUUCUCAGUUGGAACCGACAUUUGCUAGGGCAAUUUAUCCCUGCUUCGAUGAGCCAGUUAUGAAGGCAACCUUCAAUGUUACAAUUGUUCACCAUCCUACUUUUGUGGCUCUUUCCAACAUGCCAGCCAUAGCAACAUCUAAAAGAGAAGAUGCAAAUGGAUUCAACUGGACUGUUACCAGCUUUGAAACUACUCCCCUCAUGUCAACAUAUAUAAUUGCAUUUGCUGUGUGUGAUUACCAUUAUGUCAAAGGAAUGGAAAGGGGCAAAGAGGUACGGAUUUGGGCUCAUAAAGAUGCAAUUGCUAAAGGGAAAGCAGACUUUUCUUUGAGUAUCUCAGGCCCUAUCUUAUCAAAGCUGGAAGAUUUACUUAAUGUUAGUUAUCCUCUUCCAAAAAUAGAUCUCAUUGGAUUUCCUACUUUUAAUUCACAAGCAAUGGAAAAUUGGGGACUAAUAACAUUUGAUGAUCUUUUAUUGAUGCAAACAAAGGAUGACCUCCCAGAGAGAAAAAUCAUGAUUAUGUCCAUUGUCGCACACGAAAUCGCACAUCAGUGGUUUGGAAACUUAGUUACUAUGAAGUGGUGGAAUGAUGCUUGGCUCAAUGAAGGAUUUGCAUCUUAUUUUGAGUAUUAUAUGAUGAAAGAGUUUAAUCCUCAAAUAUUCCAAUUUCAGAAUGAAUUCUUUUAUCAUUCAUUUAUGAGUUUCAUUCUCAAGCAAGAUCAUGUGAUGAUAGAUCGAAGUAUAUCUACAAAGGUCGUAAAUUACACAAAAACAAGUGACAUAAAUGUUCUCUUUGAUGAGUAUAUUUAUAAAAAGGGAGGUUGUAUAAUCCGGAUGUUUUCAAAUUGUCUUGGUGAGGAUCUGUUCAUUAGAGGACUCCAAUCAUAUUUGAAAACAUUUGCAUUCUCAAAUGCUGAACAAGAUGAUCUAUGGAAUCAUUUUCAAAUGGUUCUAAACAACCAGAAUGAAGUUCUUUUGCCAGCAUCAGUAAAAAGUAUAAUGGACAAAUGGACACACCAAAGUGGAUGUCCAAUUAUAACAUUAGAUGUGUCUACUGGCAAGGUCAACCAGCAGCCAUUCUUUCUUGCUAAGGAUAAAGACCAGAUUACUCCCUUCCACAAUAACACAUGGACUGUUCCCAUUAAUUGGAUGAAAAGUGGAGUUGUACAACCAUUAGUCUGGUUAGAUAAUAAUAGCAAAGUAUUUCCUGAAAUGCAACUAUCAGAUUCAGAACACGACUGGGCAAUUUUAAAUUUUAAUACAACUGGAUAUUAUAUGGCUAAUUAUGAUCAAUUGGGUUGGAAGAAAAUAUGUUUAAUGCUUGAAAAAGACCCAAAGGUUAUUUCAGUCAGUGACAGAAUGAAGCUGUUUGAUGAUGCCUUUACAUUGUCCUGGCAUGGUUAUAAUGAAAUUGAAACGGCCCUUGAUUUAACCAAGUACCUUGCUAAAGAAGAAGAAGCCCUAGUAUGGAGUAGAGUUUUCCUAAAUCUACUACAUCCUGAUCUUUUUGUCAUGAACAACCAUAAUGCAUAUUUGUUACUUAAGAAAUAUUUAUUAAAGAAACUUAUCCCAAUGUGGCAUAUUUAUUCAAAUAAAAUUCGUGAAAAUACCAUACAAGAUGAUGAAAUAACUAUACUAUCACUGAAAAAGAUAUUUGAAGGAGCAUGUUGGUUGGGACUUGAAGAUUGUCUGCAGUUGUCAAGGGAAAUUUUCUCAAAGUGGAUGAAUUACUCAGAGCCCAUUAAAAACUCUAAUCUCAUUAAAUAUGAAGUUAUGUGUUUUGGUAUUGCCAUGGGAAGUGAUAAAGAAUGGGACUUUUUGUUGAGUAUUUAUGAGAAGAGUCAAUUAGAAGAAGAAAAAGAAAAUUUACUUCAUUCGAUGUCCUGCAGCAAAGAUCCUUGGGUACUAUAUAGGUCUAUGGAAUAUGCUUUGGAUGAAAACUCAGUCAUUUCUGAGUCAUCACUUAUGUUGAACCUUGUAGCAGAAACUGUUAUUGGCCGGCUUGUAACAAAGGAAUUUUUAAUCAACAAUUGGCAAGCUGUAGAAAAGAGGUUUGGAAAAGAGGCUUUAAUCUCACUGGCAAAUACUAUAGCAGCACCCAUAUCCACAGAUUCAGAGCUCCAAGAAUUCCAGCAAUUUUCCAGGACUAUACUAGGAGAGACUGACAGUGUUAUACUUCUUAACACAAUUAAAGAACACAUGAAGGUGAAUCAGCAAAAUAACAAGAGUAUUGCUAAGAUAAUUAACUGGUUAAAGAAAAAUUUGGAUGAUUAAUCCUUUGAAAUCCACAAAGCAAUCUGUUUCCAUUUGUAUUCUGCAAUGUUCUGCAGUUGGUGUGACUAUACAUCCUACAUAUUGCAUUGUGUAUUGAAAGAGUCUAUCUUUCCUCCUUUCAACCAAAGAAUCUUGCUUUGGAUUUGGUAUUCUCUAGGGUAUACUAAUAAUUUUAUCAGCAAAGAAGAAGGAAAAAAACAUUUUUUUUAUUUAGAUGGUUUCAGAGAAGAUUUUCAUUUGCAAUAAACUUAUAGAAUUUUAAAAAUAAAUUAGACUUUAAAGAGUUCAAAUUUUCUUGCUUCCAACCAAAGAAGUUUAUUUUGGACUUGGUAUCCUCUCCAGCUCAGGGUACACUGGUGACUUUAUUAAUGAAGAAUUUAUUAAUUGUUUCAUUCAGCGGUGAUUUCAGGGAAGAUUUUCAUUUGCAAUAAACUUAUAAAUCUUUAAAAAAUAUCA